AUGUUGGAGGUGGCUUGCGAGUACGUUCCUCUCGAAGAAAACCGAUCGAAUUUAGUACACACUGCAUGGGCUAUGAUGGGUCUUAUUCAAGCUGGACAGGCAGAAAGAGAUCCUGCACCUCUUCAUCGUGCAGCAAAGUUGAUUAUCAAUUCUCAAAUGGAAAAUGGAGAUUUUCCCCAACAGGAAAUCACAGGAGUGUUCAUGAAGAACUGCAUGCUACAUUAUGCAGCUUACAGAAAUAUUUACCCUCUGUGGGCUCUUGCAGAGUACCGCGAGUGGGUCCCAUUGCCUUCCAAAGCCUAA